AUGCUUAUAGAUGGAAAGCAAAAUACUGUCUGGUCAUCAAAUGCCUCUGUCCAGUCUAAUAGCACAAUAGCAGUGCUCCAAGAUGACGGGGAUUUCAUCCUUAAAGAUAAUGUUUCAGGGGAAACUCUAUGGGAAAGUUUUUAUUAUCCUACUGAUACAAUUUUAGCAGGCAUGCAGAUAGGAUUCAACAGCAGAACUGGACGGGAAAGCUUUUUGACAGCCUGGAAAAAUGAGAAUGAUCCGGCACCUGGAAACUUUGUUUAUGGACUCACAGACGAAAGACCAGCACAGUCUGUGGCAUGGAAUGGUACAAAACCACACUGGAGAUCAGGUCCAUGGAAUGGAUGGAAGUUCACUGGUAUACAAGACAUCGCCGAGGGGUAUUCAAAUGGAAUAUUUGUGACACCAAAUAAUCAGAUGGGAGCUGCAUCCAUGACUUUCAACAACUUUGACAAUUCUGAUGUUUCAAUUGGUGUAAUUUCAACGACAGGUAUGGUAGAGGUAUGGUACAAGGAAAGAGAGCAAAAUAAAUGGAACUUUAAAUUGGCAGCACCUCUGGAUCCAUGUGAUGCAUACGGAACUUGUGGACCCUUCAGUGUUUGUAGCAGGAACCACGCUCCAACUUGUGAGUGCCCGAAAGGGUUCUUGCCUAGGUCAAAUGAGGAAUGGAGUAAGGGAAAUUGGACAAGUGGAUGUGUAAGGCGUACAGAGUUGAUGUGCAAUGAAAACAGAAGCAACUUAAGCUUCAAUGCAUCUAAACUGGAUGGCUUCUGGAAGGUCGGUCAGAUGAAAUUACCAGAUCAUUAUGUGUAUUUGUAUGAUAAGACUGACCAAGGGGGGUGUAGCCAAUGGUGCCUGAGCAACUGCUCUUGUCUGGCAUAUGCAUAUCCAGAUGGUAUAGGGUGUCUGGUUUGGGUAACAGAUCUUAUCGACAUGCAGCAACUCGUGAAGUCUGGGGAGGAUCUAUACCUCCGCCUUGCUAAUUCAGACCUAGGAGUAAAAAGUAGACAGACAGCAAUCAUCGUCAGCUUCGUAUCCAUAUCGGUUGGUUUCCUCUUGGGUGUGUUAAUAUGUUGUGUCCGCAGAUGGAAAGCUAACAGAAGAGACAGACAUCUCAGGGAACAAAGGUCAGAGACAAGAAAAUGGUUCACAAUAAAGAGCAUCAGAAAAAGAGGCAAAGUAAAGGGUCACUUGGCUGACAAAAAGGGCACUUUGAUUGAUACUUCACAGGACAAUAUCCAAGAAAAUCCUGCAUCAUCAAAGGGGUCAUCAGAGCUUCCAAUAGUUGAUUUCAAUAGGAUAAAGAUCGCUACCAACAACUUCAGCGAAGCUAACAAGCUUGGUGAAGGAGGAUUUGGCACAGUUUACAAGGGGAGCUUAGAAGAUGGACAGCAAAUAGCUGUGAAAAGGCUUUCGAGUCACUCAGGACAGGGCAUGGAGGAGUUCAAGAAUGAAGUUAUAUUGAUAUCUAAACUUCAGCAUAGAAAUCUUGUAAGGCUGUUGGGCUGCUGCAUUCAAGGAGAAGAGAAAAUAGUAAUUCUUGAGUACAUGAAAAACAAAAGCUUGGACACUUUCCUGUUCGAUCGAACAAAAAGGCUGGAGCUAGAUUGGGCCAAACGCUUCAGCAUCAUUCAGGGGAUUGCCAGAGGGCUUCUCUAUCUCCAUCGAGAUUCUUGUUUAAGAAUUAUUCACAGAGAUAUGAAGGCCAGCAACAUUCUCUUGGACGAUGAGAUGAAUCCGAAAAUCUCAGACUUUGGACUGGCGCGAACUUUCCGUGUCACACAGGAAUUAGCCAACACUGGCAGGGUUGUGGGAACUUUCGGAUAUAUGUCUCCUGAAUAUGCCAUGAGUGGGCAAUUUUCGGAAAAAUCUGAUGUUUAUAGCUUUGGAGUUCUGCUGCUAGAGAUUGUCAGCAGCAAGAAGAACACGGGGUUCGGUUAUCACGAAAAAUAUUUAAACCUUCUUGGUCGUGCAUGGCAAUUGUGGAACGAGUGCAAAGCUCCAGAGUUGCUGGAUCAAUCACUGGCAGAUUCUUGCACCCCAACAAAGGUAAAGAGAUGCAUUCAAAUCGGGCUUCUUUGUGUUCAAGACCAUGCUGCAGAUCGGCCUACAAUGUCGAAUGUAGUUCUCAUGCUAAGCAGUUCUGAGGAACUUCCUCAACCAAGACAACCUACAUUUACGUUUCAAAACUUGCAAGAAUCCGAUCGUUUUCAAUCAGCCAUUCGCUUAUGCAACGGUUCCAUAAACGAAAUCAGUAUUUCAAUGGUUCAAGGACGAUGA